GAAUUUUCAAAGACUACACCAUUAUCAUGUGAGAUUUUGUGGGACCACUACCAAGGUGGAAUGAUUUGAACUCAGAAUCUCUUAUUCUGAUACCGUGUGAAAUUUUGUGAAACCAACUAUUUUAAAAACUUAAACUAUCAGAUGAAUGUGAUAAUCUAGCACAUCAGUUUCCCAGUUUCUCAGAAAGUUUCCCACGUAGGCAAUUUGGGAGAAAGCACCAACAGAAGAACUACUUUGCAACUUUUCAAAAGGGCUCAAAAUUGCUCUGUACCGGGUAGUCAUGAAGUAUCCUGCUAUAUUGGUCAAUUCAAGGUUGUGUUUAUUGAGUUAUGAAGAGAUGUUUCCGAAAGAGUGGUCUAACAUGUGUCUGAUGUGAUAUGAUCUAUACAGUUAAUGUUCAUAUUUCCAACUCAAUUGGAGUUACUCUUUGACUCUGCAUAUAAACUCGACUAAGGAAGAAAACGUAAAAGGAUCCUGCAUUGACAUGGCCGGUGCACUCAUGCUUUUGGCCCUCUAGACAGGUUCUGGGAAGACUCUGACGUACCUUCUGCGGAUAUUUUCAGUUGUGAACACCCAAUGGUCUUCUGUACAAGUGUUAAUAGUUGUUCCCACCUGAGAACUUGGCAUUCAGCUAAAGUUGCUCGGCUGUUGGCUGCGAAGCCGAUGGAUCUUGACAUGGAGCAAGAUAAAUCAUGUACCGUUAUGGCUCUUCUAGAUGGAGGUACAUUGAAAAGACACAGGAGUUGGUUAAAGAGGACCUAUCUGACCAGAAGCAUGAUAACACAAGCUGGCAGAACCCCAGCAAUGGUAGUGGCAACCAUCGGGAGCUCGUGCCAGAUGCUGGAGAGGCAAGUUUUUAAACUUGACACAGUGCAGAUUCUAGUGAUUGAUGAGGUAGACUUCAUGUUCAACUCUUCUAAGCAAGUCAGCUCUCUCUGGAAGCUGUUGACAUCGUUCUCAUCAAGCAACAACCGUCAAACUGUUUUUGCUAGUGCAUCCAUACCUCAGCAUAAGCGAUUUUUACAUGAUUGUAUACAACAGAAGUGGACUAAGGGUGAUGUGGUUAACGUCCACGUCAAUCCAAUACAGCCUAUGCCAUCAUGUCUAGAUCAUACAUUUGUGACAUGUCAUAGGAGUAGGAGACAUCAGACCUUGCCACAUUUAUUACAGUGGGACAGCCCCGAAUCUGGCAUUAUAUUUGUUGGCGAGCAGUCUGAGAAGUCAAAAAAGGCUGGAAAUGUACCACCGCCAACUCUUCUACUUGAAUUCUUGAAGAGUUCUUACGGAAGCUGCUCUAAUAUUCUCCUUCUAGAAGAAGACAUGAAUUUCAAUGCACGAGCAGCUUCACUCUUGGAAGUGAGACAAAAUGAAGGCUAUUUUUUUGUAGCAACUGAUAUCGCAGCCAGAGGUAUUGACCUGCCGGAAACAACUCAUAUUUACGACUUUGAUCUUCCAAGAAGUGCCAUAGAUUACCUUCAUCGAGCUGGAAGGACAGGUAGGAAGCCAUUUUCAGACAAGAAAUGUGUUGUCACCAGCAUUAUAGCAUCUGGAGAGGUUUGUGCUGAAGAGGUACGAGAAUGAGCUGAUGGUUGCCUGUGAAGAGCUCAUCUUGUCACUUUGAUCCUCAUCUUGGCAUUGUUUUGGACAGUGUUUUUUUUUUUUGGCCUUUCAGCCUCAUGUCUUGUACAGGAAACCUAUGGUUACAGAUAUUAUCUUAAGUUUUGAUAAGACUCAGAACUUAUUUAGAGUUGAAAACUUCUUGUUCAUAUUUGGUAAGGGUGGAGGCUACAUUAACAGAACUCCCUUAUUCAUCCGCAUAAAAAUUCCAAUUCUUAUAGCAAAGAAUGAGAAACAUCUGGUAUAUAAUGUAUAAGAGACUGAUAUUUGUGCU